AUGACCACAGACCCGAGUAGCAGCGAUCGCACAACACCGGAGAACGGUAUUCAUAUAAAGGCAAAAGAGAUGGUUCAGCGUCUCGACGAAGAGUUUUCGCGUUUUCCGCGGAUCGAACCAGCCUAUACGACGGUUAAGCGGCGCGUUCAGCGGGUAGUCGACGAUCCUCGCGUGCGCACGGCGUACGAGACCGAGGUCAAGCCACGCGUCAGGGCGGCGGUGACGCGCCUCGAGGGCGUUGAGCUUUUCACCCUGCGCGUGUUUGUGGCGCUUCUGUACCAACUGGAAAGCGUGCUGGACGGUAUGCUGCACCGGUUCGGGGAGAGCGCGCCUGCCUCUCAUGCCGCACAGCAGUCGUCCGGUGCAGGAGCGGAACCAGACGAAUGUAGUCCUGUUUCAGCAGCGGACUCAUUGGAUACAGCUAUUCGCAAGUUGAGAGCACGGGCGUGCCGUGUGCGCGUCCAGGUCGUGGAGCUGCUGAACGCCUCAGUUGCUGGCGCUCGUCGCGUGGGCGACCAGGCGGGCACUUUCUUGGCCGAUGAACGCACAGUUCUCUACCGCUACGCCAAGUCGCUGGUCGUCCGUCUCCUCUCGAUGCUGAGGUCGCUCGCUGACUACGGCUUGAACGCUCUGGGUAAGGAGUAUACACCGGUAUCGGUACCGGUACCUCCGGGGCAGAGCGGCGCAGCAGAGGCAAGUCAAGCGUCGGGCGUGCUAUGA